AUGUCUUCGGCAGUGAAGCAGAAUGAGGAUACUGUUGAUGAGGAUGCAACGGAAAUGCGUUUUCCCAAGGAGUUUGAGUCGCAAAACUGUGACGCUCUCCUGACGUCGGAGGUAUUCCUGUUACUAGAGCACCGGCGACAACAAAAUGAAGCGAAAGAUGAAAUUGAAGAUAUGAGCGAGGUAUUCAUCAAGACGCUCAACUAUGCACGACGUUUGUCGCGGUUUAAAAACCGCGAAACAAUAAAAGCUGUUCGAGCUAUAUUCUCUCAGAAACCUUUGCACAAAUUUGAAGUUGCGCAAAUUGUUAACCUCUGUCCUGAAACCGCUGAAGAAGCUAAGGCGCUAAUUCCAUCGCUUGAAAAUAAACUGGAGGACGACGACUUGGAUGAAAUUCUGAGAGAUUUGCACAGCAAGAAAACGUUUCAAUGA